AUGAUAUUCCUUAAAGAAAAUUAAGAUAUUUCAAUACUAGACCCUAAAAAUAAGUAAAAAUUGAAACAAGAUUUGAAGAUUAAAUAAAAGCAAUUGCAAACAUAGAAUUAAAUUGCAGAAGAUUUAACGAAGGACUUAAGGAAAGUCACUGUUGAUUUAGUGAUUGAAGACUUCAAUGAAUCAGAUUAUGAUUUCACUGAUAAUGAGGAGCAGAAAAAUGAUUAGAAUCAACCUGAGAAUGGUAAUUGUGUUGAUUUGAAUCAAAAAUUAAUGAAAAAUAGUGAUGCUCUUGAAUGCUUCAAUAGCAAACUUAUAUUUAACGAUUUAAUAAAUGCUUGA